AACUUGCAUCCUCUAUCCGAACGACAUAUUGCCGGUGUAGGUGAAACAGGAUUGGAUGAAACAAGUAAAUCUCCAUUAGAUUAUCAAAAAUUAGCUUUUGAACGGCAAGUACUUUUGGCAAGAAAUUUAAAUUUGCCUUUAAUUCUUCAUUGCCGUGGCUAUUCUCAUUUUAAUACAAUGCUUGAUUGCAUGGAAUCCAUUUUACCAGUACCCCAUCAUGUUUAG